AUGGAUAGACAAAGUCAAAGAUAUAAUCUUUUGGAUGAAAUCGACAUUGAAAAAGACGAUUGGAAUAUUAGAGUUAGAGUCACAAGAAUGUGGGAAGUUCUUGACAUUAAAACAAAUAAUGAACUUAUGAGUGUUGAUUUGGUGCUUCUUGAUGAGAAGGAUAAUCUUAUUCAUGCAAGUAUUAGAAAGUCAUUUGCUAAUCAUUUUAGAGAUAUACAAGAAGAAACAAAUGAUGAACUAAUUGCAAAACAAAAAUUUGAAUUGGUUCCAUUUGAUGAGCUAAAAUAUCUUGCUGACAAAAACACAACUCUAACAGAUGUAAUAGGAGAAAUCGUAGGAAUUUCUCCCAUGGGAAAGAUAGAGUUGUUAGAAACAAAUGAUGAACUAAUUGCAAAACAAAAAUUUGAAUUGGUUCCAUUUGAUGAGCUAAAAUAUCUUGCUGACAAAAACACAACUCUAACAGAUGUAAUAGGAGAAAUCGUAGGAAUUUCUCCCAUGGGAAAGAUAGAGGUGCGUGGGAAAAAAAUGAACAAAAGGCUAAUUGAACUUCAAGAUAACAGGAGGGAAAAAAUUAGAAUCACAUUUUGGUAUAAAUUUGCAAAGGCAAUUAAUAAAGAUAUAUGUUUUGAUAAUUUUGUGCGGCCUAUUAUAAUUAUCACAUCAACCACAACCACUGUCAAGACUUAUAUGAGGAAAUUAUCAUCGUCUUCUACAAACUCUUCAAAGUUGUAUGUGAAUUUAGAUAUUCCAGAGGUCAUAGAGUUAAGAAAAAGUCUUGAAGAAACUGAAUUCAGCCUUGAUGAGAAAGAGAAGAAGAUUGAGUCGUUGCAACUAUCACGUUCAAUUCUUGACCCUAAUGAGAUUUCUAAGAUGAAAAGAAUACUAUUGGAAAUUUUGACCUUUAUAAAGACUGAAAAAGAACAGGACAUAACAUUUUAUUGCACGGCCUCAAUUAAAAAGAUCAAUGUUGAGAAUGGAUGGUAUUAUGUCUCCUGUGAUGAGUGUCCUAAAAAAUUGAAAUGA